AUGGAUACUGGCUGUCAAGAUAUUUUGGGAGACAUCGAAGAUCUUAUUUCGGCUGAUGAUCCUUCGCCCAGUGAACGCUACGCUAAUAAAACAGAUGUAACAGUACGUGCUAAGCGUACUAAAAUUCGCGCCUUGCGGCCAAAAGAACCCACGGUUUGUAUCGAAAAACCGGUACUGGAUAGUGUCAUUCCGGAGACGCAGCAAAUUUACAUGAAAACGUGGGGCUGCGCCCAUAACACAUCCGAUACGGAGUACAUGGCUGGCCAGCUGGCACAGUACGGCUAUAACCUAACAAACGAUAAGGGCACGGCCGAUCUAUGGGUGCUUAACAGCUGUACGGUAAAAAACCCAUCCGAAGAUACCUUUCGCAAUGAGAUUGAAGCGGCUCAUCAAGCUGGGAAGCAUGUGGUUGUGGCUGGCUGUGUUCCGCAGGCUGCCCCAAGAUCGGACUAUUUAAAAGGAUUGAGCGUAGUUGGUGUACAACAGAUCGACCGUGUUGCGGAAGUUGUAGAAGAAACACUGAAAGGACACUCCGUGCGCUUGCUACAAGCGAAAAAAGUAGACGGACGCAAGGUAGCAGGACCGAAGCUCGCUCUUCCAAAAGUUCGCAAAAACCCUUUAAUAGAGGUUAUUCCAAUAAACUCUGGGUGCCUUAAUGCAUGCACUUACUGCAAAACAAAAUUCGCCCGUGCCGAUUUGGUGAGCUACCCUGUUCAGGAAAUUGUUGAUCGCGCGAUGCAGGUAUUCCAGGAAGGAGUCUGUGAAGUUUGGCUUACAUCGGAAGACACUGGAACCUAUGGCCGAGAUAUCGAUUCUUCGCUUCCUAUAUUGUUGUGGAAACUAGUUGAGGUAAUUCCUGAGGGUUGCAUGAUGAGACUUGGGAUGACCAAUCCGCCAUACAUUUUGGAGCAUCUGGAAGAAAUGGCCAAAAUUUUGUCCCAUCCGCGUGUAUACAGUUUUUUACACAUACCCGUGCAAAGUGGAUCGGAUACAAUUCUCGGUGAAAUGAAGCGCGAAUACUGUGUAAAGGAUUUCGAACGAAUGGUUGACUAUUUACGACGUCAGGUGCCGGGAAUCACUAUCGCAACAGACAUCAUUUGUGGAUUUCCUGGAGAAACGGAAGCUGAUUUUCAAGAUACGUUAGCACUGUGUCAAAAGUAUCAGUUCCCCAGUCUGUUCAUAAACCAGUUCUUUCCACGUCCCGGAACACCAGCGGCGAAAAUGUCUCGAGUGCCGGCAAAUGAAGUGAAGACCCGAACCAAACGAUUAACCGAUUUGUUCCAUUCCUAUGAGCCGUACCAAAAGUACGGUGUGGGGUCUAGGCAAACGGUGCUUGUUACAGAAAUCUCGCACGAUCGUAAGCAUUACGUUGGUCAUAACAAAUUCUAUGAGCAAAUUCUGCUACCUAUGCACAACAAUUUACUGGGAAAACAAGUAGAGGUGGAAAUCACAGGAUGCACUAAGUUCAGUAUGUUCGGAAACGUUUUGCAGCGUGAACAAGAAUGGGUUAAUUGCAGUAAGCCUGUGUCCACAACUUUAAUGACGCAUACCGCCGAAACAAACGAAUCGAAAUAUCGGUCAGUGUUGGCUUACUUCUUGCUAUCGUGCAGUGUGGCGAUAGUUUGUAAAUACAUUAUCAUGUUAUUGGGCUUCUAG